AUGGAAUCGAGAAGUCACUGGACCGCCGCGCUGGUUGCGCUUAUGGCAGCUGCGGUUGCCAGCAUCGGCUGCUCGUCGAUGCUCAUCGACCCCAUGCAGCACGAACUGCAGGUGGGCAACGAGACCACAUUCGUGUCUAAGGUAAAGGUUGCACGCCAGACCACGUCUACCGCGGCAUUCUUCUACACGCCCUCGGACAGCGACAUCAAGCGCCUGAUCGACAAGGAGAUCGAUGUGGUUAGUCGUGAGCUUAAGGGUAUAUUCACCAUCGUCGCUAUGGACUGCAGCUCACGUUCGUUGCGGAGCAUCUGCGAGGCCGAGCUCGGAGCUGGGUACUCGACCCCUGUGCUGCGUGUAUACCCAAAGCUGCCCAUGCCCGCCUACAACUACUCCGGCAACAUGGUGAGCGCGAUGAUUAAGCGCGAGCUGGUCAAACAUGUGGCAUCGCUAGUGGAGGUCAUCAAGCCUGGUAAGCUCCCUGAGUUCAUGGGCAAGUUCGAGACCAUGCCCAAGGCGCUUCUAUUCAGUGACAAGGCCGGACCCAACUACGUGUACAAGGCCCUCAGUCUGGUGAUGGACAAGAAGCUGCUUUUGGGUUUCGUUAACGUCGGCGAGAACCCCGAGCUUAAGGCCAGGUACAAGGUCAAGUCGCUGCCAGACCUGAUCGUGGUCAAGCCUGACUCCAAGGUCGACCGCUUCGAGGGCACUUUCGACUACAGCAGCAUGUUCGAGUGGCUGAACGUCUACUCCGAGACCUUCUUGCUGGGAAGCGGGUACGAAGCUACUACCCCCAAGGCGGCCAAGUCCAAGGCAUGGAAGCACGACCCCCUCCCGCAGCUCACCCUGGAAUCGCACAUGGACAUCUGUUUCAACAAAUCGCACGGGUUCUGCGUGAUCUAUCUCACCAACGGCGAGUUGGGUGCGGACGACAGGCAAAUGCUGAUGGAGCUCAGCGCCAGGUACAAGGGCGAAUUCACCGGCAAGUGGAUGUGGAUGAACCUCGCUUCGGAGCCCGAGUUCGCAAAACUCUUCGGGGAACCAGCUGAUCUGCCCUCCGUUGCCAUUUUCAACCCCAAGAAGAAGCUUCGAUUCAUGCUCUUCGAAGGCGAUGGCGCCGUGACCCGCGAAGGCAUCGAAAAUAUGCUGGAGAAGAUCCUGGGUGGAGAUGCGCGAUUCAAGCUUGUGAGAGGCGACAAGCUGCCCGCAUUCUCGCCCGUGGUUGCAUCGCAGCACGACGAGCUCUGA